AUGACUUCCAAUUCGAAUUCCAGUUCCGGUCGCGACCAUGCCCCCCUGCACCCGAGCCAUCUCCGACAAGCCUUUACUCCGUCAUCCUACGGCUCGACGGACGACUCUUCCUCGACUCGCAGCGCACCUUCACUCCACAGCCGCGCCGGGCCCAGCACCGAGCGCCCUACCGAAGCAACUGCUCUGCUAGAGUCAGCACUCAACUUCCGUGAGCCGCCUCACGAAGGCCCAUGUUACCAUGGCGUGUUCUCGCCUCGGCCCACGAGUCCUGUCAACAGUGUCCAGGGAGACCUGUCUACUCCGUCGGGUGACGAAGAACCUGAUGGAACCAUGACCCUGGGGCAGAGGAAAACGAAGAGCUGGAGGACGAAAAUUGCCGCCAAGAUCAAAAGCAAGAAGAUCAGCAGCUCAAGGAGACUCGCGCAACGAUAUGGGGUGGAGGAUUCCGCCUGGAUGUACCUAUCCUACUACAUGCCCGUCCUCAAUUGGGCUCGCGAGUACUCCUGGUCCUACUUCAAAGGCGACUUUGUUGCCGCGCUUACGGUCGCGGGGAUGUAUGUUCCCAUGGCGCUAUCCUUAGCGGACAACCUCGCCCAUGUCCCACCGAUCAACGGCCUCUACUCCUUCGUAUUCAACCCUCUUAUCUACGCUUUGCUGGGCAGCUCCCCAUCUAUGAUUGUUGGCCCCGAGGCCGCGGGAUCUUUGCUCGUCGGUACGGUCAUUAAGGGAGCUGUGGACCGCAAUGGCGGGGAUCAUGAUGCGAUGCUGCAUGCCAAGUUGUGCGGCAUUGUGUCUGGUAUUGCUGGCGCGAUGGUCUUUAUUGCAGGCCUGGCUCGCCUCGGGUUCCUGGACAGCGUCCUCUCCCGUCCCUUCCUCCGCGGUUUCAUCAGCGCAAUCGGCAUCGUCAUCGCCGUCGACCAGCUCAUUCCCGAGCUGGGGCUCAGCAUCCUUGCAGACCAGGAGCAUGUCGGACACAGUAGUAGUGUCGACAAGGUGACGUUUAUUUUCCGAAAUCUGCACAACGUGCAUACUCUUAGCUUCGCCGUCGCGGCAACGAGCUUUGUCGUCAUUAUGGUCUGUCGCGAGAUUAAGCGUCGCUUGCAGCCAAGGUAUCCUGGAGUGGCGUACAUUCCGGAUCGGUUCCUUGUCGUUGUUUUAUCUGCCUUUCUAGCGUACCAGUUCAAGUGGGACACGGCAGGUGUUGCCGUACUCGGGAAGGUUGAGGCAGCAAGUGGGCAUGUGUUCAAGUUCCGUUGGCCGUUGCAGCCGGCUAACCUGCAAUACAUCCGUGACUCGAUGAGCACAUCCUUCUUGAUUGCGUUGUUGGGGUUCUUCGAGUCAUCUGUUGCGGCCAAGAGCUUGGGCGGGGAAGGGUUCGCCGGGAUUCAGUUAAGUCCGAAUCGGGAGUUGGUCGCGCUGGGAGCAGCGAAUCUUGUGGGCGGGUGCUUUGCCAGUUUGCCCGCUUUUGGGGGGUAUGGUAGGAGUAAGAAACCCGUCCUCUCGUCGCUCAUCAGUGUCGUCGCCUGGUCCCUUAUCGAAGAAUGCCCGUACGACAUCCACUUCUUCCUCAAGAUCCGCGCUUGGAAAGAACUCGGCCUUAUGGCUAUCAUCCUGCUUACUACCAUCUUCUUUUCUCUCACUGCCGGCAUGGCCAUUGGUGUUGGCUUGUCCUUGUUGCAAGUCAUUCGCCAUGCGACACGCCCCCGCAUACAGAUCCUCGGCCGGAUUCCUGGUACCGACCGAUUUGAGAACGCUGAGGCGAACCCUGACCGGCUAGAGUUUAUUGAGGGGUGUCUCAUUGUGAAGAUUCCAGAACCACUGACCUUCGCAAACACGGGCGAGCUUAAAACGCGUCUGCGCAGGCUAGAGCGCUAUGGCACCAGUCUGGCUCAUCCUGCUCUGCCUAGGUUGAGGAGAGAAGACUGGAAUAGGAAUAUCAUCUUCGAUAUUCAUGGGGUUACGUCAUUGGAUGGAAGUGGUGUACAAGUGUUGGAAGAAAUUGUGAGAGGGUACAGGGAGAGAAGAGUAAGGGUCAUUUUUAGUCGGGGACCGGGGCCCGACUCGAAGGUUGGGAGGCUGCUCAGGAGGAGUGGUAUCGUUGAGCUGGUUGGAGAGCACCACUUCGUGAACGAUGUGCACGAAGCUUUGAAGUUGACUGAAGCCGAGGAGAUGGGUAGGGCUGACAGGGCAUAG